AUUUCCCAUACGUGACUCCAGCGAUGAAUAUCAUGUAAAUAUCAGAUGCCCAGAGAAACAAGGCUGUCGACCACGACUAAACGAGCAGAUGUUGGGGCAGAGGCAACAGGACAAUGCCUUUGUUCUCAGCGGUGGGUAUGGAGUGAUUUCAGCCAAUCAAUCAAUCUAAAUCAUCAUCCCUUACCUGACGAGGCUCUCUACAUUCUUUGUAUGUUGCCCAGGUGAACUUCAUUUUUCCCAUUCGUUUGCAGCCAUGGUCGAUCGGGUCAGAUGCUUCUAUGCAGACAAAGAUCCUCCGGCAAUAACGAUGGUGCCCAUUUCAGAGCCGAGUUCUGGCUCCUUACCAGCUUCGAGUCCUCCGACACUCCCCCUAAUUUGUGGUAGAUUAACAUCCCGAAGAAGAGCAGCCUCGCCCAGUCUCACGGUCCUCUAUCCCAAGCUUCCUCAGGAUGUCGUCCUCAGUCGACAACAACAUGCAGGUUGUCCCUAUGCCACGCUGGUCAAGCAUAGUCGGUUGCGCCAGGGUUCUGUUGGCCAUCUGCGUACUAGGCCUUACUGCAGCAGCGACCGCCAUCUGGGGAGGAUAUGAUGAAUUCAUAUUUGCUCUGUUCACGUCCGCUGCAAGCCUGCUCGUCUUUGUCUACUACUUUGUCGCCCUCUCUGGUCAGCCAACAUUGUACAAUCGAUGGGCUGUUCUGGGUCUAGAAAUCUUUGGCGUUGUCUUCUGGCUCGUGAGCUUCUUGUUGCUUGCUCAUUGGACAAGUGUGUACAAUGCCUACUGGUUUGGGGAGAAUGAUAACUAUAGCUGGUGGAAUACCUCCAUUGCACCAGACAAGAUCGGGUUCCGGGAAAGAAGUGUCUUCAAGAGGGGUUCCAACAGCUAUCAUACUGGAAUCGCAUUGGCAGGGACAGCUGCAGGAUUGGGAGGUGUUGAAUUUGUUCUCUACGCACUCACCCUUAUUGUCUUCGGCGCCUCCUUGCAUCACCAGCGGGUGCAACCAUCAGAAGGAGAGACUGUGGUAGCACCUGAGGCUGUCCCUGCUUCUGAAGCUGAAACAGUCGGGGCAGAUGAGAGUGCCGAGGCGAAGACCGGAGGAGUGAGGGAGGUCUAGAUGGAGGAAUGAUGAUCAUCGACGGGAGGAGGUUAGAUGCGAGUAUGUACAGAGCAAUCGUCGUCGGAGGUAGAUAUAGCAAAAGCCCAAUCUUACCAUAUACAUGCUAAUGGUCCACACAUAUUCGAGGUUACUUCCGAGGCUAUAUCCCCAUCUCCCUGCUCCAGGCCGGCUCGGACGUAAAUGGAGAUGAACGGAGAAAAGCGAUUGAUGCCAAGGCUGCUUACCAUUCUUUUCAUCCACAUCUCUUGUUGACUCGCCCGUCGCCCGUUCCCCGUUUCCCACUUUCCCCAUUGUCGCCGUCAUGAAUACGCUUCACGAAC